AUGUCGACAUCCCGGCCGAACAAGCGACCAGCGGAAUCUGACAGCACCAGUUCGAAGAAGAAGCGAAGGAGAAAGGCCAAGGGUAGCGCGGAGGAUGACGAACUGAUUGACCUUGAGUUGGGCGUGAACGGUGCCAUUGCGAAGAUGGAUAAUCAGCUUCUGGCUGAUCACCUUGCACAGAGGCUGUCUCGAUUUGGAACUGAUCUAAGUCCUGUCGAGCUUUCCGAUCUUUCCAUCUCUGCUGCCUCGAUUAAGGAUACCACAUCCUGGAAGGAACAGAGGAUAACGGACAAGUUUCCCGACUUCCUUGAGAAGUUCGCUGAUGAACCAGAGUCUCUUGGGAAGGCGCCAAAGCCAUGCGGCACUCCUCACACCCUCAUCGUCACUGGCGGAGGGUUAAGAGCAGCCAAUGUCGUCAGAGCUGUGAGGAAGUUUCAAUCCAAAAACAACACAGUGGCAAAAUUGUUUGCCAAGCACAUGAAAAUUGAGGAACAGAUCAGCUUUCUAGGGAAGUCGCGAGCCGGAAUUGGCGUAGGAACGCCGGCGAGACUGGCAGAGCUCAUUGAGAAUGGAGCGCUUUCCCUGACCCGUCUGGAGCGAGUCGUUGUAGAUGCUUCACAUGUUGAUCAGAAGAAGCGAGGAGUCAUGGAUAUGAAAGACACGAUGAUACCCCUUGCUCGCCUUCUCUCUAGGAAGGAACUCAAGGACCGCAAUGGUUACAAAGAAGGGAAACUCGGUGUCAUCCGUGAACAUGACGCCGUCGCGGAUAGUGACAUACGAGUUACGACAUCCCAGGUCCCUGCGACUCCCGUAACCACUUCGGGAGGAUAUAGUCUCAGCUCCUACACGGCUGAAUGUCUUUGUAGCAAGAUUGCCUCGGAAACCGAAACCACUGCCUGGCCUGCUACCGCCACGGAGGUUGGGGAACCUGCACAAGUGAAUGUGACGUCUGUAGUGGAUAGCCCGGUCCCAGAUGAGAGCCACACGACAUAUAGCGCGGUCCGGUCUUUGAAGGUCGUCACUGUUACGGUUACCGUUUCGCGCGGGUCCCCGCCGGAGAUCCUGACUGAGGCCAUCCCUUCACAUAAUCUGACAGGUACUCCUCUGCCGACCACAACAUUCAAGUCUGUCAGGCCAUGUCCCCAUCAUGGUAAUGGGGAAAGCAGCUCGGAUGCUUCGCUAGACACACCGAAGGCCACCUUAUCCACGACUGUGUUUAAUGGGACAAUCACCGAAGUCCCCACUGAGCAACCAACAGCCACAGGAACGGAUGACUCGCACAUGGGGGUUGAAGCUGCUCCGGAGGCAUCCUCUGCUGGGCAAUUUGGUAUGGGAGGAGACCUCUUUAAUCCCCUUGUUUGGGCUUUCAUUUCUAUCUACCAAAACAUGGGCAAACGCAAUCGGGAAAGCCUGGGCGAGACCUCCGCCCAGGCAUACAAUGGCGAGAAGACCAAGAAACGGAGAAAAGAUGGAGACGGGUCUGAGAAGAAGAGGAACAAGAGGUUGAGGGAGCUCAAGAAGGACAUUGCGGACUUGCCGGAGGCUGAUGCGGAAGAUGUCGCUGAAAAGGAGGCUGUUGUUUCCGGUGGUGAUGCGGUGAAUGGGAAGGGUGAGGGUGAGGUGUUGUCUAAGAAGGCGGAGAAGAAGAGGAGGAAGAAGGAACAGGCUGAGAGGGAGGCGCAAGAGGUGAAUGGGGAGGAAGAGAAGAUCGUGGUAGACGAGGAUGAGAGCAAGUCGAAAGAAGGGAAGAAGAGCAAGAAGAGCAAGAAAAAGGCCAAGAAGGCGGCAGCGGCCGCCGCCGAGGAGGAAGAAGAAGAAGAAGACGGAGGAGUCAAGGUGACCGAGCAGGAGUCGCCAAAGAACGGUGCGCCUGCUGAAGAGGGAGCCGAUGAAGAGGGUGAAAACGAGGCCGGAAAGAAAGGAAAGGCUCCGCGAUUUAUCGUCUUUGUUGGUAACCUCCCCUACUCUGCCACAGCCGAAUCCAUCCGAGCGCACUUCGCCUCGCUGAACCCUUCCGCCGUCCGCUGCCUCACGAAACGAGACGAUCCCACAAAGUGCCGCGGCUGCGCCUUCAUCGAGUUCUCGUCGUCCAACAACAUGCGGACGUGUCUGGACAAGAUGCACCAUUCGACCUUCGAGGACGGAAAGUCCAAGGCCCGGAAGAUAAAUGUCGAACUGACGGCCGGCGGCGGCGGUAAAACCAAUUACCGCAUGGACAAAAUCAAGAAGAAGAACGAGAAGCUAAACGUGAAUCGCCUCAAGCGCAUCGAGCGGGAGAAAGAGGAGAAGAAGCUCGCGAAGACCGAGGAAGCGACCAACGGCUCCGGCGGCAUGGAGGAGAGCAUGCAUCCUAGUAGGAGGGCUCGCAUGUAA